AUGGAAGUUGAUGAAAAUUUUACCACGCGCCUCUUCUCCUUCCAUCUUCUGCGAGCACUUGACGGUGAAGCACCCUUUCCUUCUUCCACCAUCGACACCAUUGAUUCAUCGACUGACCCUCCGAUGAAACUAACCUCUUUCCUGAAGGCCUGGUCGGCAAUCGUACCUGGCCACAAAACUCGCAGUCGCCUCAGCAAGCGUCUUCCGGGCCCCAAAGUAUCUUCGAAAUUUACCAGGGAAUCCCAACCUCAUCCUUCCAACGACCAGAAGAACCAUGGGCAUAAUCAGCAACAGCAGAAACUCUGCGAGCAUUGCAAGCGCGAGCUCGUAUCAGCAGCUCCAAGAUCGCCUUCAGCGGUGCCGCCCCAUCCUGCUCGACUGGCCGCGAUCACUUCGCCUCAAAGAGACGAACAUCUUCCACCUCGACCCAGUCCCCCGAACCGUCCUCUCCCUCCUCUCCCUCUGCUAUGUCACUCUCAACCUCGAGCUGUUCCGGAUGACUCUUUCCAAGAAGACUACGAAGGGACCAAUGCUAGCACGUCUUCAUAUUCUUCGGGUUCCGCCGUCGUAUCUCGCGCAGACGGAGAUCCAGCUGAUGUAACAGAGGAAUUGGGUCAGAUUGUGGCGAAUUUGCCCAGUCUCCCGAUGCAAGAGGACGAGAUAAGCGAGCCGCGACCGUCUGUCUUGGUAAAAGAGCAGCUCGAUACAGCGAUAGAUAUCGGUGCAGGCGCAAUCGUGAAUCCUGAUCCUGCCGGGGUCGAGGGUUUACAACCCGGAUCUUCUAUCGCAAUCGCCAACUCGCCAAUGCCCACCUUGUCUGCUUCGUCUGACAAAACUAGAACAAUCAGAAAAGGACACGACUGUCUGCACGCCGGAUGCGAAAAUCCAUGUGUUGCGCCCGUAACGGCGCCACUAACAGACGGGAACAUGGAUGCACUCGGGGAUCAUCGAACAGAGGCAGACGACGAACAUGACUACACUGUGUCUCAGGCGACUCUGCCGCACGAUGGCGUCCAUGAUUCUGUGCCUCCCAGUCCUGUUCUGGACGAGGAACACAGCUCGAGUCGCGGAAUGGCAAUUGGGUUUGGGCAAAUUCCCUGGGACCACAUACUGGCGUCCAUCCCCCAUCCAAACUUCAACAAGCGCAAGAGGUCCUCUUCGUCGAAACAUCGGCUACUGCACCCUUACACGCACUUACCUGGGAUUCCGGAGGAACCCUUGCGACUCUCGACAUGCGGCGAAAUCGCCAAAGACGGUACGCUCGCCUUCAAGUUCAGCGCGAGUGACAAGGCACAGUCAACUGUAGACGAAGCCCUCGAUGACUUUGAGAACUUCUUGAACCAACACGCCAACUUACUGGAACUGGACCUCACGCUCGCGGCCGGCGCCUGCCUCCCUGCAGAUUUCCUGGCCCGUGCCAUAGCGAAGGCUCAAACGCGCCUCGCCCGCUUCAUCCACGUCACCAUUCGCCUCGAGGGCGCCGCAGCGCAGGCGCAAGCGACCUGGAUCUGGCCGCCUAAAUCACAGCUACGAGUCCUGCGCCUCGUCGGUAUCGCGCGAGGGGGCGUUCUGCCCUUGACACAGCUACAGGGGCUCUUUCUCUGCGAGGAAGUGAAGCCGGUGGAGAUUGCCUCCUUCCUAACCUCCCUUCCUCAACUGCGUGUGCUGGCUCUCUGCCUUGGCUGCGCGGGCUCGAAAAGGUCCUUCCACGGACCGAGCGUGUUGCCGCAGCUGGAACGACUGGACCUGUACGUCAGAGUGGACCCGGCUGCAUUCUUUGCUUGCGUGCACUUGCCCGCUUUGCGCAGUUUGAAUUUGCACGUAUCUGGACAUCGCAUCCGGUGGGAAGACGAUCAACUGGUCGAGCAGGGAGCGAAAUGA